UUUUUUUUUCUUUCUCCUUUCUCUUUUAUUUUAUAACAAAAAAAAAAAAAUGUCGUUUUUUACCAACUUGAUUACAGAAGUAAGCAAUUUUUUCGAUUCAUCUACUGAUAAUGAAGGACAAGAUGACUUUAUUGAGCAACAAUUAAUGAAUGAAACUCAUCGAUAUAAUUCUUUUGCUGCUGUAAGACAUAAUGCACAAGUAAAAUAUUAUGUUGAUGGUCAAAACUAUUGCUGGUAAAAUAAGAAUAAGAAUAAGAAUAGUAAUAAUAAUAAAAGAAACUUAUUUAUAUGUAUUGCAGGGCUGUCUCUGAGGCUAUAGAAAAUGCAAAAGAAUGUAUUUAUAUCGAAGAUUGGUGGUUGACUCCUGAGCUGUUCAUGCGUCGUCCACCUUCUAAAUAUCCUGAAUAUCGUCUGGAUACUUUAUUAAAAAGAAAGGCAGACCAAGGUGUAAAAAUUUAUGUUGUUGUAUACAAGGAAGUGGAAUUGGCUUUGACUUUAGAUAGUAGACAUACAAAGGAUGCCCUUCAAGCUCUAAGUGAUAAUAUUAUUGUUCAAAGACAUCCUGAUCAUGAUAUUGGAGGCACCUUCUUUUGGUCCCAUCAUGAAAAGUUUGUUAUUAUCGAUAAUCAAACCGCAUUUUUAGGUGGGAUUGAUUUAUGCUUUGGUCGAUGGGAUACACAUGGUCAUCCUUUAGCUGAUUUUAAUGGAAAUGACCCUGAAAGUGAAUUAUUUCCAGGUCAAGAUUAUAAUGAUGCUCGUGUAAGAGACUUUGAACACGUCAAGGAUUGGGAUAUGCGUCUUAUUGAUAAAACAGUUAUUCCUAGAAUGCCAUGGCAUGAUAUGUCUUUAUGUGUUAUGGGUACUCCUGUAUUAGAUGUUGCACGCCACUUUUGUGAACGUUGGAACUUUAUAAAACACGAUAAAGCCAUGAACAAAGACGCUAUUCCUUUUUUACAACCUCCUUUAGGUGGUAUGGGUCAUCAACAAAAUUAUAUGGAAGAACAUCCUGAAGAACAUCAUUUUAGGAAAAUUCUUUACAGACAUAGAACUCACAAUGUUACAGGUACUAUGAGAGCUCAAGUACUUCGUAGUAGUGCUAAAUGGAGUUCGGGUAUCGAACUUGAGCACUCUAUUCAAAAUGCUUAUAUUGCUACUAUUCUUGCUGCUGAUCAUUAUAUUUAUAUUGAAAACCAAUUUUUUAUUACUGCUACAGAUAAUAAGGAAGAUAAUAUGAUCAAGAAUCAAAUAGGUAAUGCUAUUGUUAAACGUAUCAUUCGUGCACAUGAAGAGCAAGAAAAGUUUAAAGUAUUUGUAUUGAUGCCCUUAAUGCCUGCUUUCCCUGCUGAUCUUAGUACAAAGGAUGCAGCUACUGCUAGAUUGGUUAUGCAUUAUCAAUAUAUUUCUAUUUGUCGUGGUUCUGACAGUAUUGUUGAAAAGCUUAAAUCGUGUGGUAUCAAUCCGGAUGAUUAUAUUCGAUUUUAUAGUUUGAGAAGUUAUGAUCGUAUUAAACGUAGUCAAUUGGAGGAAUUAUUAGUCAAGGCAGCAGGCUAUACAAGUACAACUCAUCAACAACUAUCAAAUGCAGAUGGUGAAGAAGGUGAGACAGCACAAAUAGUUCAUCAUGCUGGUGAUCCAGAAUUUGUGGAAGGCACAGAAGGUUCAUUUGGUGUAGAAGAAGAUGUAGAAUAUAGUCGUAUUCCAAGUGAAAACAAUUAUAAUUAUAAUUAUAAUCCUGAAGAUGAAGGAAUUGCAGCUGAUUCGAUCGCUAAGGAUGCUAUGUUGGAUGGUGAUAUCGAAGCUGAGCCUUGGGUCAAUGAUACACAACAAGAACAACCACGUGAUGAAGAAGCAGAAAGAGAAGAAGCAAGUGAUUAUGUUACAGAAGAACUUUAUAUUCACGCAAAACUUUUAAUUGCAGAUGAUAAAGUCGUUAUCAUGGGCUCUUGUAACCUCAAUGAUCGCUCACAGUGUGGUGAUCGUGAUUCUGAAAUUGCUUUACUUGUUGAAGAUCAAGAGACGAUACCCUCUCGAAUGAAUGGUCACUAUUAUGAGGCCAGUCGUUUUGCUGCUUCCUUAAGACGUAGUUUAUGGAAAGAGCAUUUAGGUUUACUUCCAUGUAACGAACCUGACCAAGUUACUAAUAAUAUGUUACCUUUACCUGUACCUCAAGAUGAUUAUACAGGUACAGAAGAAGAUGAACAAGUUAUUGAUCCUCUUGAUGAUGAAACACUUGAAAGAUGGAAUUUUACAGCAAAAACAAAUACUGUGGCUUUCCGUGAAGUAUUUCAUUGUGUUCCUGAUGACACUGUCACUGAUUGGGAGGAAUAUAAAAGCUUUUACCCUGAUCCUAACCAAAUUGAUAUAGGACAUGUUUAUGAUCCAGAGAUGUCAGUAGAAGAUAUAAGAGAUCGAUUAGCUAAUAUUCAUGGUCAUUUAGUUGAAUUCCCUUAUCAUUUCUUGGAAAAUGUUGAUCUUCAAGGAGACUCUAUUCCAUUCAUUGGUGAUGAUAUUCAAGAAUUAUAUACUUGAAUAGGAAAAUAAGCUUUUAUUAUUAUUAUUAUUAAAACACGUUUUUUUUUAAUAAAAAAAAAAAGAGAACCUUAAUAUUACAUAAUAUAAGGAUUAUGAAUCAUACGGAAAAGUACGGAUGAACCUAGUUUAAUUUAUUAUGUAGAAGG